ACCUCUCACCAAAACCCCUCACGCCACGGCAUAAAAGCCCACGGACCCAUUUCCCCUCCCCCAUCACAAACCCACUGCACAUCCACCACCGAACCCACUUCGCACCCACCACCGAACCCACUCGGCAUCCAACCCCGGCCAUAGGCGCAAGAUGGGAUCGGUUGGCCCAGAGCCCCUCACAGAGGAGGACUGCUGCCACUACGCCAUGCAGCUCGCCUCCUCCUCCAUCCUCCCCAUGACCCUCAAAGCGGCCAUCGAGCUCGACGUCCUCGAAAUCAUCGCGGCCGCAGGCCCCGGCGCCCUCCUCUCGCCGAAGGAUGUCGCAGACAAGCUCCCGACCACCAACCCGGAGGCUGCCACCAUGCUCGACCGCAUGCUGCGCCUCCUUGCCAGCUACUCCGUGCUCACCUCGUCGGUUUCUCUGACCCCCGACGGCCACCCCGAGCGCCUGUAUGGCGCCGCACCCGUGACCAAGUUCCUGGUGAAGAACCAGGACGGCGUGUCCAUGGCGCCGCUCGUCUUGAUGAACCAGGAUAAGGUUUUGAUGGAGAGUUGGUAUCAUUUGAAGGAUGCAGUUCUGGAGGGUGGGGUGCCUUUUAAUAGGGCAUAUGGGAUGACAGCUUUUGAAUACCAUGGAAAGGAUCCAAGGUUUAAUAAAGUGUUUAAUAGGGGCAUGUCUGAUCACUCCACAAUUACAAUGAAGAAAAUAUUGGAUGACUAUCCUGGGUUUGAGGGGCUCAACUGCAUUGUAGAUGUUGGUGGUGGGAUUGGAGCCACUCUGAACAUGAUUGUGGGAAAGUAUGGGCACAUUAAGGGGAUUAAUUUUGAUUUACCCCAUGUCAUUGCAGAUGCUCCUGAGUUUCCUGGUGUGACUCAUGUAGGGGGGGAUAUGUUUGAAAGUGUGCCUACUGGGGAUGCUAUCUUCAUGAAGUGGAUCCUGCAUGACUGGGGGGAUGAGUACUGCCAUAAGCUUCUGAAGAACUGCUACAAGGCCCUCCCGGACUCCGGCAAAGUCAUCAUUGCAGAGUCCAUUCUUCCGAUUGCUGCGGAGAACAGCCUUGCGGCCCAUGGCGUGUUCCAUGUGGACUGCAUCAUGCUCGCUCACAACCCCGGUGGGAAAGAGAGAACCGAGAAGGAGUUCGAAGCCCUGGCCAAAGGUGCUGGAUUCGCCGGAAUUAAGGUCGUUUGCUGCGCUUAUGGUAGCUGUAUAAUCGAGUUCUACAAGUGAACAUAACAUUGAAGCUUUUUUCUUUUUUUUUCUUUUUUUUGUGAUCACUCGAUGCUGUAUUGUUGAUGGAGCUGCACGCGCUGCUCCAAUAACUUUCCCUUGUUUUUUUGCUCCUGUAUUUGAGGCUUUUCAUCUCUCUCUUGAAUCUUUGCUAUUUGAAGAAAUAUAAUUGUUGAGCUUUGCUUAUCACCUGUGAAAUAAACCCGAGAUUUGCCCUC